CACUGCUGCUGCAGAGAUAGCGAGCACGUUGGUUUGACUCACGGUUAGAAGGCGUGUUGGUGUUGCUGGAGCUCGCUCGGAAGACCCGCUUUGCAUCUUCAUUCGCGUUCAAGAGGGAGAGCAGAUUAAGAGAACUGAGAUGGACGGUGGAGUUUCUAAGUCCCAUGUGCUUCUCAGCUACAGUCCUACAGCCCUCCUCUCACAGUGGGGUCAGGCCCUUGGCUCAGCACAGCUGAUGGCAGCGGUACGAGAGGGGCCGUGGAAGAGCCUGAGCUCAGGAAAGAAAGUUGCUCUGGCUGCAGGCCUGUCUGUGGGAGCCACAGUGGGUUACAUCGUUUACCGUCACAUUAGGAACUGCAGUGCAGAACGCCAAAGAACAGAGCAGUCCAGGCUUUCUAUGCCCCUUGAUGUGUACAGAUCUAUUGCAAGGCAUCAGAGCACCUUCCUGGACCUGGUGAAUCAGAAGUCUGGGGCUCAAGUGAAUGUGCUGCCGGAUGGGGAGGAUCAGAGCUCUGUCUGCUUCCUGCUCCAGGGCACAGCUGAACAGAUUCUCUUAGCUAAGUUUGCUCUGGAGAAACUGGCCAAUGACUCUGAGGUUAUCUCUGAUGUGAUUGAUGUGCCACAGACUGCUUUUGGGCGAAUUAUAGGUCGUGGGGGUGAGACACUGAAGUUAAUUAACCGGACAUCAGGAGCUCGGGUGAAUUGUUCACGGGACCGUGGCCGCAGCAUAGAGGAGAAGGGCAAGGUCACAAUCAUGGGAACACGUCAAGAAGUACAGCGUGCAAAGGAGCUGAUCAUGGAGAAGGUGCUGGAAAGCGAGACUGUACGGAAGCGUAUAAGUCAGUCCUCAGCUCUGCGGCAGAAAAGGAAACCCCCAGAACUGGAGCUAGUCCACAAAACUCAGGGCCCAGAGAGUGAGCUCAUGCAAAAAAUAAAUGGAGAGGAUCUGCUGUCCCCUCUGUCUGAAGUGAGGCUUCUUCAGACCAGUGGCUCCAAUGGGUUUGCAAGCAGUGGUGACCAAACAGCGGAAAAUUCCCUUAAAUCAGAGGAUGACAUUCUGUCACCUCUGUCCCCAUUAGAAGUCUCAAAAUUUGAAAUUCCCAGUCCAGAUCUCAGCUUCCAGCCUGGUGAGCAUUUUGAAGUAUAUGUGUCCGCAUCAGAAAAUCCCCAACACUUCUGGAUCCAGAUCGUAGGUGUCCGAUCACUUCAGCUGGACAAAUUGACCACUGAGAUGAGCCGUUUCUAUAAUGGCGACACGUUGCAUGAGCACAGAGUGGAGGCUAUAGUUGUAGGGGACAUUGUAGCUGCUCCUUAUCGGGACUAUGGCACAUGGAACCGGGCGCGAGUGCUGGGGAUCCUGGGCUCUGGUCUGGUUGACCUGUACUAUGUAGACUUUGGGGACAAUGGAGAGCUGCCACGAGAUCAGCUACGCAGCAUGAGGAGUGAUUUCUUAAGCUUGCCAUUUCAAGCCAUAGAAUGUAGUCUGGCAGGAGUGCAUCCUGCAGGAGAGGUCUGGACAGAGGAGGCUCUGGAUGACUUUGAUCGAAUGACAUACUGUGCAGAGUGGAAGCCUUUACUGGCCAAACUGUGCAGUUACUCUCACUCAGAGAUGUCCUCCUGGCCAAGUGUGAAGCUGUAUGAUAACAGACAGGGAAAGAUUGUGGACCUCGGUGAAGAGUUGAUUCACCUUGGCCAUGCUGUUAGCUGCCAAGAUGAGGGCAGUGGGCUGAGAGAUGGGGAUGAGCCCAGAUCUCUGCAAAAGAUGUUGGAUGACAUGACUGGGGCAACAUCAGAGUUGAGCUUGUCUUGCAUAAGCUUAUCAGAAGUCGCCUCAAUAUCUGGAAGUGUGGAUGAUGUUCUUGAAGAGGAAUUUAACUGAUAAGAGACCAAAGACAAGUAUGCCUUCAUAUUGAGACCAUCUGUGACCACCAAGCUGGCAUGAAGCCCAUGCUUCCCCCUGUGUAGUGGGAGCCUUACUUGACUGUGCUACAUGUUCUGUCUGUCUUUCUGUUUUUUCUGUCUAUUGGAGAUAUAUUGUCAAUGUUAUAGUUAAUCUUUUGCCAGCUCAUCUUUGCUUUGCACCAAGCUGCUUGAGAACAGUUAACUGGUGACCAGAUGAGGAGCAGUGCUCAGGGAAUUUGAUGGUAUGAGAUACAGAAAGAAACCUCAGUAUUAGCAAAAUUCUGCACUUAGGUUCUGUGAGUAUAAAACUGGUUCUGUUGUUUUGGUACUGUUAGUAUUUCUUUCACUGCAAUAUUGUUAUUUAUGUUGUGCAUUUCAGUUUUAUGUGCUCUCAAACAAAUAUGUUGCAAAGAGGAUUAAAUAAAUUAAAGAGUAUUGUUCUAUUGAA